GUCGACAUGGGCGACCCGAAUAAAAUUCCACUCGUUGGGACCACAAGCGUGAGGACGACCGAGAUGCGAUCGAAUGCAUGGUCCUUGGGCGAGGUCACGCGGCUAGAGUACCGCGUCUUCGGUCCCAGCGGCGACCGCGGCUUGCACGCGCGCUUGCUGACGUGGGCGGACAGCGACCACCGGCGGCCGCUGCUCGUGAGCGUCGCUGACGACCACGUCUGGUCCUUCACCGUCAACUUUCAAGAUACGCCGCACGUCGUACCCUCCGAGUUUGAUGGACUCGAGACCCGCGCCGGCGCGUGGACGCCCGAUAUUGAACGAGACGACGACGUCCUGCGCAUGUUUGAAGCUGCGAUUGAGCGGCAGCUGCGGGCGUGGUUCUUGCAGCAGGCGCGGGUCGCGUGGUCGGGCGCUCUCGAUGCGUCGGGCGUCCCUGCGUUUCGCGCCGAGGCCGACUACCUCGUGUCGACCGAGCCCCAGUUCACGUUCCGAACGCUCUCAGCGAACCGCGAAAACACGUGGGAGACGCACGUCGAUGCGGACGUCCCGACACCGGCGUUCCAGAUCCAGGCCACGCUCUCGCGGUCGAACGCUGUGUGGGUGCAUGUCGUCGUCUUCCGCAAGGCGCUGCUGUCGACCGCCCAUGGCUUGGAGUACCCGCGCAUGCUCUGGAAGCGACUGCAGGCGCUGCCGUGCGAAGGGUUUGGCGCCGAGAGCAUCAUCGACGUCUGGACGAUGCGGGACGUCAGCGUCACGGGCGUGUUGGCCGCAACCCCGACGCCAAUCAUCGUCGAGAAAGACCGAUUCCGCGUGGCCAAGCGCCCGCGCAUGACCAAGCUGUCGUCUGAGAGCCAAGCGAGCAGCCCGGAGCGACCGCCGCCCUUCUCGCCGAAUGCGCUCGACCCCAAGCGGCCAAAACUUCCGGCGUCGCAGUCGACGUCGCCGUCGCAGCAGCACACCACCGACGACGAGGCGCUCACGCCCAUCUCGCCCGACCUCGGCGUCAAGCACGAGCUGCUCUGCGUCGACUUUGCGGGCGUGGGCACCGACGCGCCACUGCACAGAAGCCGGCGUGUGCACGCGUUCGUGCCGAGCGCCAAGACCAAGUCGAAAGCCAAAGUAGAGGCCAAGCGAGUCGUGAGAAAGAAGAGUGCGUGGCGAAUGCUGCUGCGUGUGCCCAAGGACCUCCCGAAAGGCGGCAACAACGACGAGAGUGAGUACUACAGCACCGCCGACGAAGCCGACAGCGUCGUGCCGCUGCCGCUGCCGCCGCGCCCGGUCGCCGUCACCGACCCGAUGCUACUCACGCUCGCGACGACGGUUGCGAAGGAAAUGCACACCGAGACGGCGGACACGAGCGCCAAGCCAGCGCUUCUUCGCGUCGCACCGGCGUAUGCCUCGACGUCUGCAGAGGACGACGAGCGACGGUACCUGCCAGUAGGGACGAUGCCGUACAACGUCCCGGGCUUGGCGGGACCGUCAUCCGUCAAAACCUCUGUCGUGCCGCCAAGUACGGUGGUGGCGCUCCCGUUCUCGACAACACCCCGAGCGGAUAUGACGCUCGGUCUCCGAUUACUCGCCAAAGACGCGUUGGUGGGGUGGAAGCUCAAUCCGUCGAGCUGGAUCCCGCCGGCCCCGCGCGGCCUCGCGGCGAGCGACAGCGCCCAGCGGCAGCGCUUCUUGACCCACUCGGUCGCCGCGCACGUUGACGCGUUCGCCGCACGCAUGCUCGUGUCGCCAGCAUCCUGGCUCGGACCGGACGCGGUCUGCGGCGCGUCCACGAAUACGCUGCGCGGAAGGAUACCCGAUGUGCACGUGGCCAAGGCCGAGACCGUCCUCUCAUUGCCCCCGCACCUGUUGCCCGAGUGGCCGCUGCGCGGCUUUGCACCGCUCGGACCGAUGAAGAACGUCGACUAUGUCGUGCUCUGCCCCGACGCGCCGUGGCUGGCAAACCGGACGACGUCGCACGUCGCGUCAGUGCGCACGGCGUACAUGAACCUCUCGCUGGGCGACCACGAGCCGCUCGAGCUCGCGGGGCGCUGGAGUGUUUCGACCGACGUGAUUGGCGCCGACCUCGACACUGCCAUUUUGCUACUGCGCAAGUCGCCGGGCGAUGCGUUCCACACGUAUACCGCAGCGGCUAGCCAUCUCACGCGCAUCCUCGCCGACGGCCCGACGACCCAAGCCUUUGCGCGCACGGCGAUCGCGACCGUCGUGUAUGUGGUCGCACCGUUUGGCCGGGACGAGGUCCCCUUGGCCGCGCGGCUUCUCAGCGCGGUGGCCUCAGGUCUCUUUCCCGGUGACGUGCCCGGCGACUGGCAAGCCGGCGUCGUCCUCGAGCUCUUGUACUUGCCGGACGUUCUGGCGCCGCCCACGCCACUGGCGUUUGCCGACCACGCAUUUGCGCUCUACGACAAAAUUUACGAAAAAGUCCCGCUGCAGUACGAUACAAUGGCCGUCUCGUCAGGUCCCAAGCCGCUCACGAGCCACGUCAACGAAAAGCUGUUUGCGCUCGCAACCUCGGACCACUGCUGCGACGCGUUCCUUGGGUACGCGCUCGUCGACUCGACGCUUGUCUACUCGCUCGUGGACGCCAACGGAUCGCUCAUGGACGUCGACGUUCAAACUACGUCGUCGGCCAGCUUAAGUGCCGAAGACAUGGCGAUGCUGCUGUCCAAGGCGCUGGCCUUCUACGUUCUUAGCCGCGACACGUCGAGCAAGACCAGUCGGGGUGUCUUGUGCAUUACUAAAGUCGGCGCGCCGCUCGCAUCCGACGAAGCCGCGCUCUGGAGUCGUGUGUGGGCGUCCGAGCUCGCGGGCGGCCUUGCCAAGUACGCGUCAUCGGUGCGUCGCUGCCUCGUCAGCAGCCUCGUACCUGCACCCGAGCUGCAGAUGCACAUGCUGGAUGCAAGAGGCGAGAACGUGCAGACCAUGCUUGCGGCCGGCGCGACGCGAGGCCUCCUCGUUGUGAGUCCCGUGGAUGUCGCCCCAGGCAAUGGCACGUGCCGCGUGGGCCAAGACCCGUCGCUUCUGGCAGUCGCGCUGGCUACCGACGGGCGCGCCGACAUUGUCUUGGUCGUCACGAUCGACGCGACGCUGCCGAGUCCCGAGGCGGACGACACGGGCGACGAUGGCAGCGGCGAGGAAGGCGAGGCCGACGGCGUCGUUGGGCCGCUCCUCCGGCAGCUGCAAGACCAUACGUGGCUGAGUGUCGACCCGAUCUCAGGCCGAAAGCAGUCGCCGUACCCGCGCCACGCCGGCGCCGUCGCCCACAUGGUGCGCCUCGUGCACGGUGUACGAUGAGCAGCCGCUAACUCAAUACACGUCGUAUAUCCUCCACAAGAUAGCACUAAGUCUGUAUAAACGAACGAGGGUUAGGGUCGGUAG